UUAAUAGUUGUAUUCAGGAUAGUACCAGAAUAUAGGAAGUGGUCAAUAAAUGUGAGAAAUUAUUAUUAUUUUCAGUAAAAGAGUUCAUUAUCCCCACCCCUUUCUGGUAUUUGUCAGAACUCUGGUGUGGCUUCAGCCCUUAUGCCCUCCAGGAAGGAGUUUUUGAGUAUAAGACAGGCAAAGUUUAUAAGACCUAUCCAUAUAUUUCACUAAGGCAAUGUGAUCCCUGGCUCACAGAGCAAUGCUUGGAUGUAUCAUAUAAGGCUCUGAAAUUCAUCAUGAACUCUGGAAGUAAUCACGUUAAAUUAUAAUAAUAUGUACCAAGUUGUGAUAGUAUUUUCCCCUGUUUAUAUCUCCUAGGAGUUAUUAAUUGUUUGAGUCUCAAGUUGUAGUUUUCUCGAUAUCAUGUUGAUGUCCCACAGAGAUCAAUGAUGAUUUGGAGAAGCUUAAGAAAUAUGGGCCCCAGAGAUACCCACACAAAAACAUAAAGCCUAAAACAUUUUCCAUCAUAGCAUCUUCAGAAAUAGGGGAAGCAAUAUCUAUCCCACAGUUUGGUUAGUUGGACUACACUCUGGUUUUUGGGAAUGGACAUGAAUGACAUUUUCUGGGAUCUGGAUGCUUGCUAUUUUUUUCUUAUGGGAUAAUUUGUUAUAGCCUUGUGUAAGAGAAGGAGAAAUUGUAAGUGAAGGCAGUGGUAUUAGACACAUUUUUAAAAAUCUGUAUUUAGCUUUCUCUUAACUAGAGAGUGUUUUAAGAAGUGCCAUGUUUUGAGCACUCAUUUAUGAAAAUAUUUUCCAUUUCUAUAUUGAAAAAUAAGCUUAAUGGAAAAUGAGAACAGUUUAAUCUGCAGAAUCAAGUAUCUUGUAAUAGUAUUAGUGUAAGAGGGAAAAGAAUGUCAAGAAAUUGGAAAGAAUGCUUGAUUUCUCUCUCCUUCCCUCUUUUUCCUUUCUCACAUUAACUCCUUCUAUGGAAUGUGGUAAAGAGUGCAUGGAGAUUUUCCUGACAGUCACUCUGAUGCUGAGAGUGGUAGUAAGUUGUCCUCAGGACUGCUCAUGUGGGAACACAGACAUGGAACCACCUCGGAAGCAGAAAAGAGAGGAACUAUUUUGGCCUUGUGCAAAGCACUUUGAAAUGUCUCUUCAUAGAGACAGUCAAAAUGGAAUUUGGGAUCAUACAAUGGAGAAUAACUACUAAUAUUGUUCUCCCAUCUCAAUAAAGUGGGGACAUGGCCAAGGAGAACUGCACCACUGUGGCAGAGUUCAUUCUCCUUGGAUUAGCAGAGGUCCCUGAAUUGAGAGUCUUCCUCUUCCUGCUGUUUCUUCUCAUCUAUGGAGUCACAGUUUUGGGCAACUUGGGCAUGAUUGCACUGAUUCAGGUCAGCUCUCGACUUCACACCCCCAUGUGCUUUUUCCUCAGUCACUUGUCCUUUGUGGAUUUCUGUUACUCCACAAUCAUUCUGCCAAAGAUGCUAGCUAAUAUCUUAAAUGAAGACAAAGCCAUUUCCUUCCUGGCGUGUGCUGUGCAAUUCUACUUGUUUUGCACAUGUGUGGUAACUGAGGUCCUCCUGCUGUCUGUGAUGGCCUAUGACCGUUUUGUGGCCAUCUGUAACCCACUGCUGUACAUCGUCACCAUGUCCAACAAUCUUUGUGUGGAGCUGGUGUCCUGCUGCUACCUCUGGGGGACUGUGUGUUCACUGAUUCACUUGUGUUUAGCUCUUGAGAUCCCAUCCUAUAGGUCAAAUGUGAUUAACCACUUCUUUUGCGAUCUGCCCCCUCUCUUAUUUCUUGCUUGUUCUGAUGUCACUAUGAGUGAACUGUUGCUAUACAUUGUAGCCAAUUUCAAUGAAAUCAUCACCAUCAUGAUCAUUCUCACCUCUUAUUUCUUUAUUCUUAUCACAAUCCUGAGGAUGCGCUCUGCAGAGGGAAGAUGCAAAGCCUUUUCCACCUGUGCCUCCCACCUCACAGCCAUCCUUCUCUUCCAUGGAACAAUCCUUUUCAUUUAUUGCCGACCCAGUUCUGGCAACAGUAUGGAUACUGACAAAGUAGCCACGGUGUUCUACACUGUAGUGAUCCCUAUGCUGAAUCCUCUGAUCUAUAGCUUGAGAAACAAGGAUGUGCAAGAAGCUCUCAGGAAAGUGGUGGGCUCCAAAAUAUUUUCCUAGAGAAUAUUUUAUUAACAGGACUCAGUGUCCCAAAGUGGAGACUGGUGAAAGGGUACAGCGAUGGACUUCAGUGUUGAAGUGUUGAAGUGGCGGUAACAGUCAAGCAGCAGGUAGUUAUGAGUGAGUCUUUUUGAUUCACUUAUCUGUGUGCCUCUUCCAUGUACAAGGGUAGGAUUCAGCAUAUCUUGGAAUUUACAGAUUACUUCUUUGCUGUUAUUUAUUCAAAAUGAAUUAAUUGAGUAUGGUUAAUGGACUCAAGAUACACAUAUCAUUUGCUGUAAAAGCUUCAUAAGCUUAAUGAAGAAAUCACAAGAGUCACAUUUUAUUUCAGUAUUCAUUAAGGAAAAUAUGAUUCAAUUCCAAGUUGAAUUCCUAUUAUUUUACAAUGAAGAACACACCCUUGUCAGAUUAUGCACAGAAUGUGUACAUAUCCUGUUUGCUAUUUCUUGCUUUCUUUAUUAUUUUUUGUUGUUGUCAUUGCAAUGUCCAGUGUUUUUGGAAUUUCAGAGACUAUGAUGAAAAAUGAUGACAUUAGUAAUAAUUAUUUCACAGAAAUCUUAGAAAAAUUAUAUUACUUGUCAUGUGCAAUGAGCUUAGAGUAAUUCCUGGCAUAUAACUAGCUCUCUGUCUCUGUCUCUCUGUCUCUCUCUGCAUCACUCUGUCUCUCUCAUAUGUUUUACUAUAUGUAGUAUAUUUAUAUAUACUUGCAAUCAUUUAAUAACCAUUGUUAUGACUGGCAACAUUUCUGACUUCGGCCUAUUGUUUCACUUUAUCGUUCAAUUUUUAUCUUCAUGCUUAUUUUACAAUAUUGUGGAUCAAAUGA